CACGGAUCGGCGUCAAGGACCCUUUCCUUUCAUCGACCCGCUUCCGUCCGGGGCAGCGAGGGGGACACCGGCUUCUGACAUGUCUCCGUCCACCAGCACGCGCGUUUAUUUGUAAAAGAAGUGAGCAGGACAUCGUGUGAGCGAUGAGGCCGCCGGUGGAAGUCUGCGUUUGGCUCCUCUCCCUGUUGGCUCCUGGAGUUCUGUACGCCAUGAACAACGUGCCCGCGCUUCAGGAACCUCUUCCUAUCCUUGGAAUGGGAAUGGUCGUCCUGGGAUUUGUUCUAAUCAUCAUCCUCAUCUCUGUGCCGAGCAAAAUGAAAGUGGACCCCUUGUUCUAUGUCUUUGCAGCGUUUUCCUUCACCUGCAUGGUGGGCCUGACUAACGCUUUAGAGCAGGACGGGUUCAUCUCCGGCUUCAUGGGUUUCUACAUAAAGUCGGGCGAGCCUCACCUGGGCUCCGCCUACGCUGUGAUGACGUCUUACUGGGAAGGCGUCAUUCACUUGGUCCUCUUCCUCACCAUCAUCCACCGCAUGUUCAAAGGGACGUCCUAUCGUAGCCUGGGGCUGCUGUGGGCCGGCUCAUCCGUCGCCCAUCAGGUGGUUCACAUCCCAGGAGUGGUCGUUGGUAAAUACGGGUCUAACAUCCGACCUGCCUUUUGGAGGAACGUCCCCUUCUUUUUGGUGACUUUCUGGGCGGCUUGUCAGCUCUUUAGCCGACCCAGAGAGAUUCCCGUCAUCCCCGCAGACAAGAUUGCAGCGGAGCAGAAGAAAGGUCUGCUGUCCCGACCCGUUGACCUGCUUCUAUCUGCGCUGCUUCUUGCAGCAAUGGCCUUCUCCGUUUUCAGAGGCCUUGUGGUGCUGGACUGCCCUCUGGAUGCCUGUUUCACAUACAUCUACCAGUAUGAGCCCUACCUCAAAGACCCGGUUGGCUUUCCAAGGGUUAUGAUGCUGGUCUACUCGUUCUAUGCGCUGCCGCUACUCACCGUCUUCACCUGUGGUCUGAAAACGCCAGGAUGCACCUGGAUGUUGGACUGGACCAUCUUCUUUGCCGGGGCCAUGGCUCAGACCCAGUGGUGCCACAUCGGAGCCUCGCUGCACUCCCGCACUCCCUUCACCUACCGAGUCCCAGCGGACAAAUGGUGGCCGGUCAUCAGCCUGAAUGUGCUGCUGGCCGUCGUGCCGGUUCUGCUGGCCCUGCGCUGCCACAUCAGUCCCGCUUAUUUUAUGAAACCUGUUCCCGAGGGACAGACCGACAAGGACAAGAAGAAGAACUAGACCACACACACACACACACACACACAGUCACACACACCAGCUCUGGACUGAUGAGGGAGGCGUCGCCCUGAGACGCGGCUCGUGAUUUCUGCGGACGCUCUUUCGCACACAAACUAAAAUAAAUGCAUUUUUCAACCAAACACCCAAAGGAAAUCCCCAAACAUUUCUUUUCUGAGUCACCUGUCGACACUAAGUUACCUGCUGCAGCAGCAGCAGCAGCAGCAGCAGCAGCACUCCCUACAUGAACUAUUGGACUCUGAUAAGAAGGCUGUCGAUGGAGUUUGGGACUGACAUCAGCUUUCAGGUGACUCAUGCAGAUAUCCAGUUUCUUUUUCCAAACUAAGACUCUUAAACAGGAUUACACCGUUUGGCCACACAACUGUAAAGUAACCGUCAUGGUUAUACAUCCUUCUAUCUACACAACAACUUGAAGUUUAUUUUUACUCUUCUAAAAUGGUGAGUUAGCUUCGUUCCAAUACUGAGUAGCUUUUUGAAGGAAGAAGCUCCGCUCAGUGCUUAAAGGCUGAAUAACUAACACAAGCUUUUUGAUAAUAAAUCAAUCAGGGGGAGAAUUAGAAGAAGAAAAUACUCCAACUGUUGGCUUUUUUUAUACUGUCUAAGAUAUUUGUUGAUUCAAUUACCAAAGACCAACAUGAGAUCUUCACGUUGUUUGUUUUGACCGACCAACAUUUUAAAAACCCAACGAUAUUCUAUUUACAAUUCCAUGAAAUGGAGAAGAACGGCAAAUCCUCAAACUUAAUAGAUUAUCAAAAUGUCUUUUGUCCAUUAGAUUCAUCAAUCAGUUCUAGAUGUUUCUGCAUCAGUCUUGUUGUUUUUUUAUGUUCUGUGUGCCACAUUCUUUUGUAGAAUAAAUAAAAAUUGGGAGUGUU